AUGCGUGAGUCUUCCGCCGAUGCAGGCCGAUUGGGAUCCCAGCAGUCAAACCACUGCAUUCCCAAUAGCAUCGGCUUGGAAUUGAGGGUGACAAGGGAAAGAACCAUCUACAUAACUAAGAAGGUCAUAGGUUAUAAGCACUGCGGAGGUGUCGGUUCGGACGACGACGGGAGGUUGGAUUCUCCAACUUUUGCAAAUGAACCCCGCUCCCUUCCUUCUAGCCUUCCCCGCUCUUUGGGAUAG